GAUUAACGAACUCCAAAUAUGGGCAUUUCAAGGCUUAGGAUUCUUCCAUUGCUAUCAAUUCUUCUCUUAAUAACACCCUGUUUGGCUACUUCAAAUUCAUCAAAUGAAACCUUCCUCCAAUGCCUAAUAGACCAUGCUUUGCCAUCCCAUCCAAUCUCCAAUGCAAUUUACACUCUAGGUAACUCUUCCUACUCAUCAGUUCUACAAUCCUACAUUCGAAAUCUCCGAUUCAAUACGUCCACGACCCCCAAACCAAUCCUAAUCCUCACUGCAUUGCACGAAUCUCACAUCCAAGCAGCCGUAAUUUGUGCUCAAAAACAUGGAUUGCAGAUGAAAAUCAGGAGUGGAGGGCAUGACUAUGAGGGCUUAUCUUAUGUAUCAAACAUUGUCCCAUUUUUUGUUCUCGACAUGUUCAAUCUCCGGUCCAUCGACAUCGAUGUAGCCACUGAGACUGCUUGGGUCCAGACCGGGGCGACUCUCGGUGAGGUCUACUACAGCAUCAAUGAGAAGAACAAGACCUGGGCUUUCCCCGCUGGGAUUUGUCCAACAGUUGGUGUUGGUGGACAUUUUAGUGGAGGAGGGUAUGGUAAUAUGAUGAGAAAAUACGGCCUAAUCGUUGACAACAUCGUUGACGCGAAGUUGAUUGAUGUUCAAGGCAGAUUUCUUGAUAGGAAAUCUAUGGGGGAGGAUUUGUUUUGGGCAAUUACAGGAGGAGGAGGAGCUAGUUUUGGUGUAGUUGUCUCGUACAAGAUAAAAGUUGUUCAUGUCCCUGAAGUAGUCACUGUUUUUACAGUGAGGAGGACAUUAGAACAAAAUGCAACAAAUAUAGUGUAUAGUUGGGAACAAGUUGCACCAAAUCUUGAUCAAAACCUCUUCCUUAGGCUUAUAAUGGAUGUUGUGAAUAGUAGCAGUACAAGUGGAAUUGGGGGGAAAACAAUUAGGGCUUCAUUUUUUGCCCUAUUUCUUGGUGACUCAACAAGACUACUCAAAAUCAUGAAUGAGAGCUUCCCUGAAUUGGGUUUGGUUCAAUCGGAUUGUAUUGAAAUGGGUUGGCUUGAAUCAGUCUUGUAUUGGACUGAUUUCCCAAUUGGGACACCAACUAAUGCCCUACUUAGCACGGUACCCCAAGUACUAACCCAUUUGAAGAGAAAAUCAGAUUAUGUGACAAAACCAAUUCCAAAGGAGGGCUUGGAGGGGAUUUGGAAGAAAAUGAUUGAAUUAGAGAGACCAAUCCUGACUUUCAAUCCUUAUGGUGGUAGAAUGGCUGAGAUUCCGGCCACCGCGACACCUUUUCCGCACCGGGCUGGGAACUUGUGGAAGAUCAUGUAUGCAACAAAUUGGGAUGAAGAUGGAACUGAGGCUGCUAAUAAGUACAUCAAUGUGACAAGGGAGCUCUAUAGUUACAUGACACCGUUUGUGUCCAAGAACCCUAGACAGGCAUUCUUGAACUAUAGGGAUAUUGAUUUGGGUAUUAACAAUCAAGGCAAGAACAGAUACUUUGAAGGUAGGGUUUAUGGGAUCAAGUACUUUAUGGAGAAUUUUAACAGGUUGGUGGAAAUUAAGACUAAGGUUGAUCCUGGUAAUUUCUUUAGGAAUGAACAAAGUGUGCCUACUCUUCCAUACAAGAAGAAGUAGAUCUAUUUGUUUGAUUUAUUGAUGUAUGCAAUAGAUGAAUAGCUGUAAUUAAUUGUUGUGUUCUUUGUACUAAAUAAAGCAUUAUGUCAUCCUUUUAAAUAAAGCCUUGUAAUUUCAAUUUGUUAACUGUGAGCUAGUUUUACUUUUUA